CAGAAACAGCUCGUCAAGCACCUCCGUAGCCUGCUAGACGACAUAGCCGAAAGAUUCAAGCUAUUUAUACGCUUUCGGUGUAUAUUUCCUGCUGUGUUUUAGACACACUUCUAUCGUAUCUACUUGUAAACCUAUUCAAUAUAAUAUUACGUUAUUUUGUAUUAGUCAGCUAUAGUAGCUGGCUGGUUAAGUUAGCACUAGCCUAGUCGCUAAUGAUAGCUAGCUAGCUAACAUCCCCGAACAUGAGCUCCCUAAACUACUCCCCUCCUGUUAAAGAAGAGGAGGUCUGUUGGACGGAGGAAGAAGCUCUGGCGCUGAACAUUGUCGUGAAAGAUGAGAAGAAAGAGGAGGAUGUCACAGUAAAACAAGAAGUAGAGGGUGAGACUGUGAAAGAAGAAGCGAAAGGCGUUUCAGUGAAAGAAGAGGAAGACCCGUUCAGAGUGAAAGAGGAGGAGGAUGUUACAAUAAAAGAAGAGGAGGAAGAUAAAGAGGAUGUAUUUUUUGGAGUGAAGAAGGAAGGGGAGAUUACUGUCACAUUGAAAGAUGAAGAGGAGGAGAAAGGAGAUCUGAUUAACACCAGAGAGAGAGGUGACUAUCGUGGAUCCUCUGGGGAGCCUCAACAACCUCAUGAUGCUGACGAGGCAGAGAAGAGUCUCUGCAGAUCAGGACACCCCAAGAAAAACCAGCAGAGACCCAAAGGAAAGAAAACUCACCGCUGCUCUGACUGUGGGAAGAGUUUUGUUUUCUCAGGACAAUUAAAAUCACACCAGAGAACACACACAGGAGAGAAAUCAUAUAGCUGUGAUCAAUGUGGGAAGAGUUUUACUACAUUUAACAAUCUGAUGAUACACCAGAGAACACACACAGGAGAGAAACCUUAUAGCUGUGAUCAAUGUGGGAAUAGUUUUGUUUCAUCUGGCCUUCUGACUGUACAUCAGAGAAUACAUACAGGAGAGAAACCAUAUAGCUGUACUCAAUGUGGGAAGAGUUUUACUCAGCUAAGCAACCUGAUUUCACACCAAAGAAUACACACAGGAGAGAAACCUUAUAGAUGUACUCAAUGUGGGAAGAGUUUUACUCAGUCAACCAGCCUGAUAUCACACCAGAGAACACACACAGGAGAGAAACCGUAUAGCUGCGAUGAAUGUGGAAAGAGUUUUGCUACAUCUAGCAAUCUGACACUACACCAGAGAACACACACAGGAGAGAAACCUUUUAGCUGUGAUGAAUGUGGGAAGAGUUUUACUACAUCUAGCAAAUUGACUCUACACUACAGAACACACACAGGAGAGAAACCUUUUAGCUGUUCUCAAUGUGACAAGAGAUACUAUGAUAAAUGUUCUCUGAUUACACAUCAGAAAAUACAUGCAUGAAGGCGUUGUUUCAUGAUAUCAAUGAAAUUAUGUCACAAUGUUGAAUGUUUAACAAUGUAGAAUGAGUAUUUUAAUGAUGUCACAAUGUAGAACCCUAAAUGUUUGCCCCCUGUUAUAUUGAUUUCAACAUGAUAUGGAUAUUAGCCUCAGGGGGAAAAUCCAGGCUCUGAAUUGAAAGAGUACUAUUUAUAUGAUUUAACAAAAAGUGAGUAACAAAAAAGUGCUGUCUUACACCUAUACACAUGGACGCAGUAUAAUAAAUUGGUCUGUAAUCAAUUUUAUUCGCAUUCUUACAUCACUCCAGUAUUUAUUUGCCACUUUCAAACAUCCCACUGUCGCAGAUGCAUUUCUCAAAUCACCUCAUAUUUCAAACAUUCAGCCUGACAAAAGAUACAUGUCUUAAUAUUCCAUGCCUCACAAUUAAAUUAAUUAUUGCCAAUACAUAUUAACAAAGGGACAUUUGGUUUUCAUAUUUACAUUUAGUAAUAAUAAUUAUUUAUGCAACCAACUGACAAUUUUUGGGUACAAUUAUAUUGACAUUGUUAUCCUGCUUUUAGAAUAUCAUUGUUCAUUCUCAGAUGUGCCAAACCAAAUGUACUAGAGCAUGACAUUGGGGACUGGGCCCCGAUCCAACAACAUGCCUAUCUAGUGAGCCCUGAAAAGAGAGAGAAGCUCUGCAGUGAGGUGGGAAGUUACUACGGAUAUUGCAGGAGUUUCCUCUUGAAAUCAGACAUGUCCGUGGUAAGGACAACUUGGUUGUUGAUUGUCUUCAGGGGGGUGUAUUCAAAACGUUUUGUGUUUAGCCAUGGAUCACAAUUGAUUUUGACUGCAUGUUUUUCGUAUUGGAGAUGAGUUUUGUUUGGGCUCGUUCCAAGGGAACGAGAGUUCUAGAAGCUAGUGAGUUAAAAAAAAAUGAUUGUAGAAAAAAAUAUAUAUUUAGAAAUGUGUUUUUUCUUGUUUUUAAUUGUUGACAGCCAGUAGACACCAUGUUUAUAUUGUAGAAGGUGAAGCAUUGUAGUUCAUUUUAAUAUGAAUUGGAAGUUGUUUCUGUUGGUGGUGAGUAAACUUGUCCAACAAAAGUAUAGGAUAUAUUUGUUGUCUUAAGGGAGAAGUUGUUACAGGCUUUGGUUUUUCCAUUUAUGUUUUGAGGUUGGACUUUAGCACAUAUAGCUCGUUAGCACUGUGAGGGAAUUUUCUGUUAAACCUUACUAAUGCAUGUGUAGCAAAAUAUAAUUAUUUAAGCCGAGGCAUUGGGCUUGAGAUAGGAUCUUUACCAAACUCCUAUAACAUAGAAAAGUGUGUUGAUAGAGGCCUGUUCUAUCUGUUCUGGGUGUGUAGAAUGAACCCAUGAUGUUCAGACACUCAGCCAAGAAUAUGACAGAAACUGACUGGUUCCUCUUGAUCCUCCACAGAGUAAAGUUUAUAUCCCGCACACCAGUAACAGAGCUAUUGUUUUGCAGCCUGUUUCUGGGGAAAGAUUGUGGUGGAGAAAUCAGAAUUAGCUAAGUAACAUAGUUAAUUAAGAUGUCUUAUCUGCAGAAUAUGCUGAUACGAACUAUUGACCUCUUGCUAUUAGAAUGUCUCCUUUCUGACUCUGGUGUUGGCAGCCACACUUCCUCCCUCAAAUGGGCCUCAGUCACCUUGGGUCCAAAGAGGGGAGAAGUCAGGCUUAUCCAUCACAUGUCCCUGUUGCUAUGCAGAAUAUCAGCAUCGAUCACAUGUCCCUGUUGCUAGGCAGAAUAUCAGCAUCGAUCACAUGUCCCUGUUACUAGGCAGAAUAUCAGCAUCUUUCACAUGUCCCUGUUGCUAUGCAGAAUAUCAGCAUCGAUCACAUGUCCCUGUUGCUAGGCAGAAUAUCAGCAUCGAUCACAUGUCCCUGUUACUAGGCAGAAUAUCAGCAUCUUUCACAUGUCCCGGUUGCUAUGCAGAAUAUCAGCAUCGAUCACAUGUCCCUGUUGCUAGGCAGAAUAUCAGUAUCUAUCACAUAUCCCUGUUGCUAGGCAGAAUAUCAGCAGGGAGGAAGGCAAAAGAGAUCAGAAGGAAACAUUGUUUACAUAUGUGAACUGUGUGUUUAUUGCAAAACAUGUGAAGGGAUGGCAUGAGUAAUGGGGAACCAAUCACUUGUCUCCACAGUGUAUGUGCGUCAGUCACCUCCUCCUAGGGGGAGAUUGUAUUUGGGGCCCAAGGCCUGGCACAGGAUGUGUGGGGUUGGUGUUUGGAACCAUUGUACGUCGUCUCUGAAGUUGCACCUAUCCUGAUAUAGUAUACAACCCAGAAGCAAGCCUCCUUGUUAUUGACUAUGGGUAGAAUUUCCACCACAGCAACUAGGGCGAACCGAUUGGUAUCACCUCGUUAGUCAGAAUGUGUUGGCUUGUCCAUCUUAGGGUUGGAUGUUGCAUCCAAUUGUUAAUAUUGUAAUCAAUGACAUUUCCUUAGGGUGCUCAUUAGUCUUUCAGUUGUUAUUCUUCUGUUUUUUAUCCUCUUAUAUUGUGUAGUAAAUAUGUCUGUUUAUUUUCAUUGUUUUUAUACAUUUUUUCCUGUGAAGUCAUUGUGUUGCCUCCAUGUCUGAAAUGUGGUCUAUAAAUAAAGCUUGAUUUGAUUUGAA